GCACCCUGGCGCUGGCCUAGCCGAUGACGCGACGCGACCGGGCAGGGGCGCCCCGCCGCGCCGGCCGUACCCGUGCGGCUAAUCGUACUCCUCGCUGAUCCGGUAGGGAGUACGAGUCAGCUACAUGUAGCUAACGUUGCGCUGCAAGUGCAACUACAUGUAGCUUACUGCUGCAGCUUGUAAUAUUUGGUAUGGAGGCCAAUGGAGGCCCUGGAUCGAUUCGAUCAUCAGUAACGAUUUCACAUCAUGAUCAUCAUUAUCAUCCAAUAAUUAAGAAGAGAAAAGUGUGUGAAUCCAAACACAAGGUCAUGAAGGUCGACGCCGGGAUCGACGAAUCCGAAGAUGAUUCAAGACUGAAAAGCAAUCAGGAGGAUGAAAACAUGAGGAUUAUACCAGUUUUACCUGAUCAUGUUUCAGCACCAGUUCCCUUGGUUUCUGUGUAUGCUGCAGCCAUUCUAGACAAGAAAAAGACAAGCUUUAUACUCAGGAAACUUUCAGAUGUAUAUCCUUUAGAGGGUCUGUCACACAUCAAACGAGUACGCAAGCAGACAAUCAAGAAUGGAAGUGAGGAUAAAGAUGAGUUACAGAUCAUCCUUUGUGAGAGCAAUAAGGUCACAUUACCCAUCAUAGAUAAAUCCUCUUCAGUGAUUGUGGAUGGCGAGAUCGACAAAGAACUUUUAGGAGACCCAUUUAUUGCAUACGUUCCUGGAGUUGCUCCUCAGACCAAAGCUCAAUAUGCAGAGGCAUCCAAAUACUGGCCCACUGCAUAUCAUGAAGACAAAGAACUCAGCAGGCUUGUUUCUGGAGAAAACUUUUCGUCAUCAGACAGGAAAAAUGUUUACAAAAACAUUCUAACAGUUAUAGGAAAAGCUGACGAAGCUACAAUAAAUGGAAAGGAAGCUAUAGGUGCAUUGAUUGUAGACCCAACAUCUAAUACCACUCUGGCAAUGACAUCAUCCAUACCGGGUAAGGGGGAAAACCCUCUCCAGCAUGCUGUCAUGAAGUGCAUUGACCUUGUGGCUCAUAGUCAAGGUGGUGGAGCCUGGUCCAUUUGUCAAGAGAGCCAUUAUGUUUCACUGGAUAGUACAUGCAACUCUGAUGAAACACCAUAUCUGUGCACAGGAUUUGACCUGUAUGUUACACAAGAACCAUGUAUAAUGUGUGCUAUGGCCCUGGUCCAUUCUCGCAUACAUCGUGUCUUCUAUACAAACAGUCACCCUGAUGGGGCUUUGGGAAGCAUGUACAAGCUUCAUACAGAAACAUCUCUUAAUCAUAGAUACCAAGCUUUCAAGGUGAACGGUUUGUGCAGUGAGCAACAGCUCGAUGUCAGGUAGCAUUGGGAUCAGUAAACGAAAGAUGCAUUCAUCAGCUUCAUACCGAAACAUCUCUUAAUCAUAGACAGCUUGAUGUCAGGUAGCUUUGUGAUUUGGUACCUUAACAAAAGAUGCAUUCAUCAUCAUCGUACCGAAACAUCUCUUAAUCAUAGAUACCAAGCUUUCAAGGUGGAUGGUUUGUGCAAUGAGCAACAGCUUGAUGUCAGGUACCUUAACGAUAGGAAGAUGCAUUCAUCAGCCUCGUACAGAAAUAUCUCGUAAUCAUAGACGCCAAGCUUUCAAUGUGGAUGGUUUGUG